AGCUCAGAGGAUCACAGGCUGGUUGAAGAACUCUGAGGUUUGGAUGGUAGCCUGUUUCCAGGCUCUCUAUUGACACUCUCUCUCUCUCUCUCUCUCUCUCUCUCUCUCUCUCUCUCUCUCCCCCUCCCUCCUGCCCUCCCUCCCUCUCUCUUUCCCCCUCCUUCCCUCUCCCCCCUCUCUUUCCUUCUGUCUCUGCCAUCAGAGCUGAAACCUACCUGACAAUCUCUGCCUUUGAAUCCAGCUCUGGAACAAAACGCAUCAUUUCACAGCGCUUAAAAGUGAAUACAGUUUGAUUACCUCAAGCUACAAGCUGCUUUGCUCCGCAGAAGCCCCCAAACGGAUCCAGACGGCCUUGCUUAUCAGUCUACCUGAGGAGUUUGCUUGUUGCCUGAAACUUGAUGGUGGGAGAGAGGUUUUGGUUUGUUCCUUUUUAAUUGGAAUGUUGAAAAGUUUCUUACUAAUGCUUGAAAUGGAACACCCUUUUUAAAUAUGGGUUGAGGCAGAUCUAAAGGAAACUUACCUGGCAAUUUCCUGCAGGACUGGCUGGGGGAAACAUCUAGAGGAUAACUUGGUAGGAGAAAUGAGAUCUGAUUUACAACAGCUGUUUUGAAAAAAAAAUCACGAGUUAUUGAGAAGGUUAAGUAAAUAUUGACCCAGGACAAUGCCUUUAUUUCUCAGUAACUUAUUAACAAAUGACUCCAGCCUGUGGAAAGAAAAUCAUAAUUCUACGGACCUUUUAGAUCCACCAGGAACUCUGAAUAUCUAUCUGUUUUGUCUGACAUGUUUAAUGACUCUUGCAGCCCUGGCGGGCAGCAUUUUUUCACUGAUUUCCCUGCUAAAAAUGCAGAACCGAACUGUUGUGUCCAUGCUCGUGGCUUUCUUGUCUGUGGAUGAUUUCCUGGGCGUCCUGGCGGUGACUAUCUUCAUGUUUUUGCAGUGGCCAGGCGAGGUCCCUGGCAACUUCCAGUCUCUGUGCACCACCUCUGCCUUACUGUAUUUAUGCCAAGGCCUCUCCAGCAACUUGAAGGCGACUCUGCUAGUCUCCUACAACUUUUACACUUUGCGCAGAGCUGUGAUGAGCCAGGCAAGCUCCAGGAGCUCGGGCCAGGUCCUUGGCGUGGCGCUGGCCCUGUGGGCAGUCAGCCUGCUGCUCUCGGCGCUCCCGCUGUGCGGCUGGGGCUCCUUCGUGCGCACGCCCUGGGGCUGCCUGGCCGACUGCUCCAGUUCCUACGUGCUGCUCCUCUUCGCCGUGUAUGCUUCGGCCUUCGUGCUGCUCGCUGGUCUCUCGCUCCCGCUCAUUCUCCAGUUGCUAUGUUCGGAGGAGCCGCCGAGACUGCACGGCAACUAUCAGGAAAUUUCCCGAGGGGCUUCCACUCCCGGCACCCCUCCUACCGGGGGAAGAACGCUUUCCCUGUCUCCCGAGACUGCUCCGGACCGGGCUGUGCGCUGCGCUGCGGGAGGCUCCCCGAGCUCGGACACCGUUUUUGGAGCCGGACCGCGAGCUGCCGCUGGGGCUGGAGCCCGCAGGAGCGAGCACCGGGGGACUCUCUAUGGCACCAGAAGCUACACCGUGAGCGUCGCGCAGAAGCGCUUCGCCUUGAUCCUAGCGCUGACUAAAGUCCUCCUUUGGCUGCCCAUGAUGAUCCACAUGGUGGUCAAACACGUGAAAGAGUUUCAGAACCUUCCCUUGGAGACACUCAGCUUUCUACUAACCCUGCUGGCCAUCACUGUAACCCCUGUAUUUGUCUUGUCCAAACGCUGGACCCAUUUGCCCUGUGGCUGCAUCAUCAACUGCAAGCAGAACACACUGGCAGUGGCAUCUGAUGGGGAAAAAACCAAGAGGAAAGGCUUUGAAUUCAAUCUAUCAUUCCAACAAAGUUAUGGAAUUUAUAAAAUAGCACGUGAAGAUUACUAUGAUGAUGAUGAAAAUUCCAUAUCCUAUCAAAAUCUGAUGAACUAUGAGUGUGAAACUACAAAAGACUGUCAAAGAGACAACCGUAAUAUCUUCAAUACCAUAAAAGUCGAAAUCAGCACCACACCCUCUCUGGACAGCUCCACACUGAGAGGCAUUAACAAAUGCACAAAUACUGAUAUUACAGAGGCCAAACAGGAUUCAGACAAAGAUGACAGUGUGUUUUCUGACAAAAGAGAAAGUGAUAUUAACUAUGAAGAAACCACCUUUUUUGAAGGGCCAGAGAGAAGGCUAUCUCAUGAGGAGAAUCAGAAACCAAAUCUUUCAGACUGGGAGUGGUGUAGGAGUAAAUCAGAAAGAACGCCUCGUCAGCGUUCCAGUGGUGGUCUUACCAUUCCUCUGUGUGCAUUCCAGGGGACUGUGUCUCUCCAUGCACCAACAGGGAAAACCCUAUCUCUUUCUACUUAUGAGGUGAGCGCAGAAGGGCAAAAAAUAACCCCAGCCUCUAAGAAAAUAGAAGUCUAUCGAUCCAAAAGUGUUGGCCAUGAACCAAAUUCAGAGGAUUCUCCUAACACAUUUGCGGACACCAGUGUGAAAAUACACUUGGAGGUUCUUGAAAUUUGCGAAAAUGAAGAGGCCUUGGAUACUGUUUCUAUCAUUAGCAACAUCAGCCAGUCCUCCACAAAGGUCAGAUCUCCAUCCCUACGCUACUCACGAAAAGAAAACAGAUUUGUUUCAUGUGAUUUAGGGGAAACAGCCUCAUACUCUCUCUUUUUACCCACAAGCAAUCCUGAUGGUGAUAUCAACAUCUCCAUUCCAGACACUGUUGAAGCACACAGGCAGAACAGUAAACGACAGCAUCAAGAGAGGGAUGGCUACCAGGAGGAAAUCCAGCUGUUAAACAAAGCUUACAGGAAAAGAGAGGAAGAAAGCAAGGGUAAUUAGAGGUGCUUUGGGCUAACAGAAGAAGGCCCUGAAACUUCAAAAUACAAAACUAACACCUUUGUUCUGAGAACUGAUUUGCUUUCAUUUGUUGGUCUGCAUAAGCUUAACCAAUUUACUAGUUAAUUAUUUUUAGUGCCAACAGUUGGAACCAGUGCACACACUUAAGUGCAUUUUAUGUAUUACCUAAAGAUCACACACUGUGGUAAUUAAAAGAUUUUGUUUCUUAUCCAAUUUUGAAAAAAAACUUCUGAAUCAAUUCUUGGCCUAGUUUACUACUAUUUCUGCUUAUAUUUGUCAACCUCUCAGUAAACAAGAAAAUCAUAUACAUUCAAUGAAUAUACUAUUCCCAUGCACGUGUUUUUACAGGUAAAAACUGUAAGGGAGGAAGAGACUUAAGGGGAAUGAGAGACUUGCUGGAAUGUUGCUAGCAAAGCAAGCUUACUAGAAUUAUGGCUUCAGCUUUACAUGGAUCUCUACGAAACCCAUUCUUGUGUAAAAUGACCAAUAAGCUGCCAGUCUGGGGAUACACAUGAUCCUAAUCUAUCAAUACUUGCUACCUUAAUUUCUAUAAAAUAUAAAUUGUAUAUUUUCCUUUUUCUUCUCUGUUAUAUUAAAGUGUUGUUCUUUUCAGUAUGUCAAGGCUGAUGGCCCAUGAAACAAGUAUGUUAUGGGUUACAGGUGAAAUCAGAAGUAGUCUUUAACUCCAACAUUAUUGGAAAAGGUUGUAAUUGUACACUUCAUUCUAGAAUUGUUUUGUUUAUAUGAAGGAAAACUGGGGGGGGGGGGGGAUUUGCCAGAUUAAAUUAUGAGAGCGUAUCCAACUAGACUAACAAGCUUCUGGAUAAAGCAGAAGAAAAUCCUCUGAGUCUAAAAUGAAAAUGUUUGUUUCUAAAGCGGCAGAUUAGGUAGAUUUUCUUGGCCAUUCUUGAAGCACAGAAAUAUUCAUUUCAAAUAUUACUUCAAGUUCAGGUGAUUUUUUUUGUUUCUACCCCAGAGACACGAUGUGAUAUCCCAAAUAAAGGAACAAUUCAUGUUAUUAAGUAGCUGCAUAUAUAUUUAGAUAUUAAUUUUAAAAUAUAUUACACUGCAAAAAUGCAAGAAUCACAUUAUCAGAAUGUUAGUAAUGGAUAUUUCAAAAAUUAUGAAGUGAUUUUCCUUCAAAUUGCUUUACCCUAUUCUUUCUGUAAAAUGUAUAUUAAAUGAGUUACUUUGGUAUUUAUUUCUAGUUAUUGAGUUGACAUUUUACACAGUAUUAGACUUUGUGUACUCCUACCUCAUUCACAUGCAUUUUCUAUUUGUUUACAGAUUGAGUGAAUUAUGUUUCAGAAUUUUUAAUUUGAUUUCUAUUUCAUUGUAUUGAAUCAAAAUUCUGAAUUACUCAACAUGGGCUUUCAGACUGUUUUAUCUUCAGAGGGUGUUUUUUGGCUUUUUUGUUGAGGCUUGCUUGUUUACUUGCUUUUGCCACCAAGAAAAAUCAUUUUCAAAAUGUUUAUUCUUUUAAUGGACUUUCUUCAUCUCUCAUUUAACUUUUCCAUAUCUCUAUUUAAAUUUGGGAAUCAAAUGUAAUGUCAUUAGUAAUGUUUGUAAAGCAAGCUUCAAAAAUGCAUGGCAUAAACUCAAAUAUAUUCUUAUUCAAAAUAUUCUAGUUUAAAAGACUUUGUAUCAUCAAGAUUAUUAUUUCAACACAGUGACUAAUGGGAGUAUCAAUCCAAUGUUUUAUAUCAAUUCUAAGUGUCUUUCUAAAGGAAAAAAAUCAGUUGAAUAAUCAAAUAAUGCUUUUAAAAAUAAUUUGACAACUUAAACUCAGACAUGUAAUAUUCUAAAGGAUAAAGGUGACAUUGCUUCUUUAAAAUGGAAUUUCUAGUAACAAGGAAAUUAGAAAUAAGACUGUAAGAAAGCUGAGGAAAACAGUAAAUAUCUGAAUGCAAAAAAAAUUUUUUUACCUAUUCAGCAUUUAAGAUGAGAAGGAUGAUUUUGUGGAAAUCAGUGUUUAAAGAGCAUUAAGAAUUGGAUUAGAAUACAAUAAUACCUGUUUUCCUUCCUGCCUUCCAUUUAAUUUUCACUGAAUAUAGGCCUUAUCUGGGGAAACUGGAAAAAGAAGGAUCUAGGAUUAUUUAAUGGCUCUGGCAUAUUGCACAAUAUGGUGGAUACACUCAAAACUUCGGCAAUAUCGAAUAAAUGCCAGAAUUAUUUGACCCAAAAACAUAUUUUAGAGGGUAGUCAGCAUCAUUUUACUAGCUAAUCUGUCACACUCCAAACUCCAAGCCAACAGUAGCUGAAUCUACAAGAAAAACCUACUAGGCCUUUGCCUAAACAUGAAUGGCUAUUCCAAAUUCUUGUUAAGAGAGGGGAAGAUUAAACUACAAAAUUCUUCUAAAUCUACCUACUCUUUAGAGUGAUUUUGAUGGUAAAGUGUGUCUCUGGCAUAGGAAAUACUAGAUAUACAUAUAUCUUGUGCUAUAUCCAAAUAUCUUACCCUUGUUUAGUUGUAUUGUUCUUGUUAUUAAUAAAUACUAUGUUUUGUAUAGAUUAUUUCUUUUCUCUAUAAAUAGAUGAGUUGAAGCCAAAAACUACUUGCUAUCUGUUAAAAUAUCACCAGUUGGGUGGUGAUUCCUAUAAACUGCAAGCACAUAAUCGCUAAAACCCAUGGUAAUCAAAAUAAACAAAUAAUGUAUAAUCUAUAAAAUUUCCAAUUGUGACUGACAGAAGCAACUCAUUUUGAGGACAGCAAACAUCACAAAUAUCACUCAGAAUAAACAGUCUUUUUUCAAUCUGGUUCUAUAGUAUUUAAUUUUAUAAAUAGAUUUUCUCUUAAUUGCUUACAUUUUUCAGUUACUUUCACUCCUAUCUGUAUUGUACUAUUUAAUAGCUGACUACAACAUGAUAGAAAUUUUUCUAAAUACUAGGGAUUACA